UCCUAUUCCUAUGUAAUGACAAAAUGGAAUUUCUUUGAGUUAUUCCCUUCUAUCCUACUUCUUCCAUAAAAUCUCAAUUCAUAUCAUCUCCUCCUCUCUUGUCCUAAUUUCAAUAGCUACAUUUAUUAAUUGUUCUCUCUUUCUUACACACUCAACCAACAGACAAAUGACGGAAGGCUUAGAGGAGGAGGAGGAGCUUCUAAAUCUUAGCCUGGCAAUUGUUACGGAUUCCGGUGGAGACAGGAAGAGGAAAAGGAAGAUAAGGGCUCUUUUGGAUCCGUAUGAAGGUUGUGAAGGGAAGAUUUUUAGGCUACUCCAAAUGAGGGAACAAAUGCUGAAACCAGGUUUCAAGAGGAAAGGAGUGGUUGAAGAUGGAAAAGGUCUGCAUUUGAUCCAUUUGCUUCUCAUUACUGCAACUGCCGUUGAUGAGAAUAAUUUAUGCACGGCUUUGGACAAUCUAACUGAGCUAUAUCAAAGUGUUUCCCUAACAGGAGACUCUGUGCAUAGGGUUGUUGCCUAUUUUGCAGAUGGCUUGGCUGCAAGGCUUCUCACGCGAAGAUCUCCUUUCUAUGACAUGAUCAUGAAGGAACCAACUAGCGAAGAAGAGUUCUUGGCUUUCACAGAUCUCUAUCGUGUCUCUCCUUACUGUCAGCUAGCUCAUUUCACCGCAAACCAGGCUAUACUCGAAGCAUUCGAGAAGGAAGAAGAAAGCAAUAACCGAGCAUUGCACGUUAUUGAUUUCGAUGUCUCAUAUGGAUUUCAAUGGCCUUCUCUAAUACAGUCUCUUUCUGAGAAGGCAACCAGUGGCAAUCAAAUUUCUCUUCGAAUAACUGGGUAUGGAAGAAGCUUGGAAGAACUGCAAGAAACUGAGAGUAGAUUAGUUAGCUUCUCGAAAGGAUUUCGCAAUCUAAUGUUUGAGUUCCAAGGAUUGUUGAGAGGAUCCAAGCUGAUCAACCUAAGGAAAAAGAAGAACGAAACAGUUGCAGUGAAUUUAGUCUUUCAUUUGAAUACUUUGAAUGAUUUUUUGAAGAUAUCUGACACAUUAAAAUCAAUACAUUCACUUAACCCUUCCAUUGUUGUGUUGGUGGAGCAAGAAGGAAGCAGAAGUCCAAGAAGCUUCUUAUCAAGAUUUAUGGAAUCCCUUCACUAUUUUGCAGCCAUGUUUGAUUCUUUAGAAGAUUUUCUUCCAUUAGAGAGCUCAGAGAGGUUAAGCAUAGAGAAGAAUCUUCUUGGAAAAGAGAUCAAAACCAUGCUCAACUAUGACAAAGAUAAUAAUGAUUCAAACUGUCCAAGAUAUGAGAAGAUGGAGACAUGGAAGGGAAGGAUGGAAAGCCAUGGAUUCUCAGGCAUUAAAUUAAGCUCAAAAUCUUUGAUUCAAGCCAAGCUCCUAUUGAAAAUUAGAACCCAUUAUAGCCCUCUUCAAUUUGAUGGAGAGAGCAAUAAUGGGUUUAGAGUAUUUUUAAGAGAUGAUGGAAGAGCUAUUUCUUUAGGGUGGCAAGAUAGGUGCUUACUUACAGCCUCUGCAUGGCAUUGUGUAUGAUAUAAUAAUAGCUAGAGAUCAAUCCAUGCAUACCAUUCUAACACAUUCAUCAUUCUUGUAACUUCAAUCAAAUAAUUCAUAGUCUUGAUUUCU